GUGACGACCCGCCAUUUGUUUAACAUGGAAACAGAUUUGAAAAGUUCGCAAAUAUUUCGUUGAAAACCAAUAUUCUCAGAUUAAAUGAGAUUCGGAAAAUAUGAAUUAAAUGAGUAUAACAUAUCGAUGCGAUGAAUCAAUUACAAGAAUAUGAUAAUAGGCCACCAUCAGAACAGUUGGUGGACCUACAUGUGUACUUGGUGCCACCUGAGUUAUGGCGGGACAAUCUAAACAGUGCAAUCAACCAGAUAGUGUCUGAGACAGUGUCUAUGGGCUUUAUAAGAGUGGUGCCAGAGUUGAAACUAUACCAGUUACGUGAUGAGAUCAUUGAGCAGCUUGGUAGUGAUGCAGUCCCACACGACUUUGUCUUCCUCAAAAGUGUAGGCAGAUGUCUUACUCAGGUGAAAGCCAAGCAGGAGCUCCAUAUAAAAGUCAAAAGUUUCCUGCCUCCUCACAACUAUCUUCCUGAAAUCUUUUUGCUAGAAGCUUCAGCAGCAGUUGUUAGGGCUUUAUUACCUGCCGAUGAUGUGUCAACUAUAAACACUAACUCAGCAAGUACAGACUCUACACGCUCCAUUGAAUAUGACAGUCCUGGUCAACACAGGUCGAAACAAGAACCAAGACAAAGAAAUGGGGGAACAGAAAUAGAUCCAGAGCGCUAUAGCCCACAUGAUAACCAAGCCUUCUCCCCUACAGGCCCAUCUCCAACAAAAACUCCCAAAUCCAGUGACUCCAAUGAUAGUGAAAAAUUCCCUGCAAUUGAACAUAGCUCUCAUAGACCAUCGAGUAUUGAGCACAAAGCCACCCAGUAUGAUCCUGGGGGUCAGGGAGACUACUCUUUACCCCCAUUAAGUGCCACACCUAGUAUGCAUGUAGACCACAUCCCUCAUUCUUCUCAAACAGCCACGUUUAGCAGACACAAGAAAGAUCCAAGACCUAUGACAAAUGGAGACUCUGGUAUAGCAGAACUUAGCCCCUCUGAUAGGGAGAGAACAGAUGAUUCACUUCCUAGGAUAUCGCGUGAUAACAGACAUAAGGAUCCCAUAGACUAUAAAGAUCCCAGAAGAACAUUGGAUAAAAAUCACUUGGACAAACAAUCACAUAGAUCCUAUGAUAGACGUCGAGAUUCAAGAGAUUUUGAAACCCCAGAUAGUCAUGGACAAUCUAGAGGUCAUGAGCCUCGUAGAUCAAGAGACAAUCGUCAUGAGCGGGAGAGCAAUAACAGCAGACCUAGUCAGGAAAAUCCGAGAUCACAAGAUUUUUCAAAACAUAGACAGUCAAGAGAAAGAGACCAAUCAGAUGAUAGGUUUGACCAGCGAUCACACAAGAAUCAAGUGAAUAUUCGAGAUAAUGCUGUUGAGGCAUUGGAUGAUGGUCACAGUAGAGUUAAUAGAGAUAAGGAGAAGCAGAGAAGCAGGCAGAGGGAAGAAAGACAGAAGGUUUUGGAAGAAGAGAUCCGCCAGCAAGAAGAGGCCUUAACUAACUUAAGGAUAGGUGAAAAUUUAAAAAAUGGUGUAGAAGAACGCCUUGGUCAGACCAAUGCACCAAACCAGAAUGAGGAAGAUGAUAAAUCAGAAGAGCAGCUAAGACAGGAAGAGAGAGACCAAAUAUCAAAAGAGCUGGAGAGAGUUCAAGAAGACAGGAAAGAGGUUGAGAGGAAGAGAGAGGAAUUAGUGAAGAGAGCUAAACAGAUGCAGGCUAAGACACAGACUAGGAGAAACAUGGCCCGAGAUCAGUGGAAGAAGAGAUACUUUGAUGAGAAGAAGAGGACGGCGCCCCUGGAGGAGCAGAGUAGUAGACUGAGGGGGGAGCUUGAAGUACUACAUAGACGUCUCAUGUCACAUCUAGAGACAGGCACCAAAGAUACUCACAAGAAGGGAGCAGCAGGUGCUAAGGGGGGCCCCUCAGAAAAAAAUAGCUACAGAGUUCAGGCAACUAAAGUACAACAUGAGAUUGAAGAUUUAACAAGACGGGUGGAAACUGCCAAAAUGAAACUUACUGCUGAAAUGAAGUUGAGGAACCAAGCAGAGACAGAAUUACGUGCUUUAAGAACUGAACUGACUCAGAAGAAAAUUAAUGUCACCCUGACUCGUUCCCAACAGAUGGCAGCACUGGGGAGCUCUCAAGAUCUCUAUUCACCGCAAUCACAUGGCCUUUCACCACGAUCAUAGUCACAUGUAAUGGACUUCAAUUCCGAUCAUAAGUCAUAUCGACUUUCAGUAGUCACAUGAACUAUCAAAGGUCAUAUGGAACUUCACUUCAAUCAUUAGUCAUAUCGACUUUUAGGAGUCACAUGAACUGUCAUAGGGAACAUCAACAUGAUCAGAAGUCAUAUGGACUUUUCCUAUGUUAUAGACCAUGUGGAGCUUCAGUUUAAAUAUUGAUAAUGUCAGAGCUGAUGACUUUCACCAAAAUCACAAGUCACAUGGACUCAGCUCUAUGAUCAGUUGACUUACAUCUUGUCCAUAUAAGCACUUUAACCUGAAUUUAGUCAACUUAGGUCAUUUUAACAACAUAAUGAAUCAUUAACAUCUACGUGUACAUGGUCAUUUAGACAGAACAGUAAACCCUAUCUUAGUGAACACCUCUUUCUAAUGAACACCUGCGUCUAGUGAACAUCCCUUCUC